UCGUCAGAAAUAUGACAAAUUGUCAAACGGUGAAAGCCUUUCCCCACUUUGUCAAUUGGUGAGACAAAAAAUCAUUUCUGUCCUUUUUGUGAAAAUUUCUUUUCUUUUAAUUUCAUGUAAUGGACUUGGAUUUCCCCUUUUGCUGACUAUCCGAACAACCUUUUAUGCUUACUUCAAGUUUAAUGAUCAAAAUCCAAUUAUAUCAAAACAGGUUAUUUUUUCCUUCCACGAUAAUAUAAAACAAGAAAAAUGUAAAACCUUAUAGCAAAAACUCAUAAAAUAAUUGUUUCCAUUCAAAGCCUUGAGAAUUUAUGGAAAAACUAAAAAAAAAAAAAAGUUAUUUAAUUUCCAUUCAAGACCAAAAGAUAUCUACGACCAAAAAAAGACCAAAAGUCAAAAGAUAGAUAUCCGAGACCGAGAGUGGGUAUUUUAUAUUUCCAAACCAAUACAUAUCAUUUAUCAAUAAGUAGUCUACACAGAUUAACUUAAAAAAUUAUUAUAUGACUAAUUCCAAGUUUCCUACCAUUUUUUCAAUGUAAUUUCUAUACAAGAAAAUUCACUAUUAAUUUUUUAAAAAUCUUUGCAAUAAUUAUUAAAUUUUAAUCUCACCCAUUAACUUUAACAGUUACCAUAAUCAGAAAGAUUACAACUUCCUUUUUUGUUUCCGACCUAGCUCUCACAUAAAACCAAGAUUUUUUAUCACCAAAUCUAGAAACAAAGCUAAACUUUCCAGUUUCAUUUAGAUUCUACCUUAAUAAAUAAUAACGCAAUCAAAAACCUCACAUAAUCAAAAGAAAACAGAGUAAUAAAAUCUUCAUCAAAAUAUCUACAAUUAAUUAAAAAAACAUUAAUCUCACGACCUUGUUAAAUAAAUCCAUUUCCUCCACUACUUUCAUUUACCCUCCCUCUCUUAAAACUCUUACGUUUCGUUACCAUCUAACAAAAAUCAGAAGCUGUAAUAAUGGGAACUCAUCGAAUUUUCAUAGGUCUUAUCGCUCUUUGUUGUUUUUGUCUACCUCAUCUCAUUGAAGCUAAACCAUUCGGAGUAUACCAACAACAAGUGUUCGUGGAUCAAUCGGGCCAUGGAAAUUUCACGACAAUACAAAAAGCUAUUGAUUCUGUUCCAAUCAACAAUCGUCAUUGGUUCUUCAUCAACGUUAAAGCUGGCCUUUACAGAGAGAAAAUAAAGAUACCGUAUGAAAAACCGUUCAUAGUAUUAGUAGGAGCUGGGAAGAGGUUAACGAGAGUUGAAUGGGACGACCAUUACUCGGUUGCACAAAGCCCUACCUUUUCUACUCUAGCCGAUAACACCGUCGUUAAAAGCAUCACUUUCGCCAAUUCAUACAACUUUCCUAGCAAAGGGAAAAUGAACAAGAACCCUAGAACUCCAGCCGUAGCCGCGUUGAUAGGUGGCGAUAAGUCAGCUUUCUACUCUGUAGGGUUUGCUGGAAUUCAAGAUACCUUGUGGGACUCGGAUGGUAGGCACUACUUCCACCGGUGUACCAUACAAGGCGCGGUCGAUUUCAUCUUUGGUAGCGGCCAAUCUAUUUACCAGAGUUGUGUGAUACAAGUGCUAGGUGGGCAGCUAGAACCGGGGCUAGCGGGUUACAUAACGGCUCAAGGACGGACCAACCCGUACGAUGCAAAUGGAUUCAUCUUCAUCAACUGCCUUGUAUAUGGAACGGGCAUGGCCUUCUUGGGCAGGCCGUGGCGCGGUUACUCUCGAGUGAUUUUUUACAACUCGAACCUGACCGAUGUAGUUGUUCCUGAAGGAUGGGAUGCAUGGAACUUCGUGGGCCACGAAAACCAGCUGAUCUUUGCAGAACAUGGAUGCUUUGGAAGUGGAGCAACUACAGGAAGACGUGUGAAGUGGGUUAAGAAGCUUAGUGGAUCUGCCAUUCAAAAUUUGGCUGAUCUCAGCUUUAUUAAUCGUGGUGGAUGGGUUGAAGAUUUACCCAUCCCUGCUUGAUCUCUCCUUUGCUUCUAGUUUUUGAUUUUAUUUUUUAGAUUUCUUAUUGAUCAUCCCUCUUUAUUUAGUUUAACCAAAUGUAGUAAUUUGUUAUGCUUU